AUGGCGACAGCAGCAAAAAUAGUUCGGUUUUUAGUGUUUUUCGGAGCAAUUGGUUUGACAGUAUUGGUGUGGUACUCUGAUACAUUUAUCCGUGUUGGCAAUUUCCAUCCCCCAGAUAUGAAAACUCGCGAAUCACUUAUGAAAACUGAAACGGCGCUGGUUACUGCCAGAGAAGAAAAGCCUACGCCACGACAUUGGGGUUCUGACACGACGCAAAGUCACCUACAAGGCAACAUCUCCAUGUCAAACAAAUUUCCCAUCACAUCUCCAAGGUCCUUGGACAGAAGGGAUUUAGCCAGUGAAAUCAAACUAAAUACACUAAAGACAAAAACUGAAUCCGUGAAAACUGAAAAUAUGCAUGAAGCGCACCGUUCUGUUUCACCAGACAUGGAAGCAGCGCUGGAAAAAAGAUCAAAAUCUUGGAUUAAUUCUACGGGACUUUUCAUCAUGACAGGGGUUUUUGGUCGCACGGGUAACCGUAUGUUUGAAUAUGCGUCAAUGUAUGGAAUUGCAAAACGAAAUAACAUGACACCAGUCCUGCUUGCAAACGCGGAGGUACGGAGAGUGUUUCAAAUCCCGGAUUACAUUCCCCACUCUUUACCGCCUGGUGUUAAACUUGUGAAAUUCCAUGAGAAGAAAUACGCUUUUUAUGAUAACAGGACGGAGACAUUGUGCAAGAAAGGCCAAUCGGUACAGUUAUUGUAUUAUUUGCAGUCCUGGAAAUAUUUCCACAAUGUCGAAGAUGAUCUCAAGCAACAUUUUCGUUUCCGAAAGGAGGCAGAGUUCCGCAGAGAAAUCAAAGCUUUUUUUGACAAUGCAUUACUAGAACUUGGGAUGAACAACAAAAGGGAGGAAGUAACGUAUAUUGGAAUCCAUGCCCGGAAUUGGAAAGACUUGCGCACGAACACACUUGAACGUGGUUAUAACGUGGCGCCAUCUAGUUACUACACCAAAGCCAUGCGGUACUUUGAGAAUAUCUAUAAAAACAUCCUGUUUAUUGUACUGUCUGAUGAUAUGUCUUGGUGCAAAGAGAAUAUUCAGCACCCACGAAUCCGAUACAACCCAUUCAACGACCCCAUUCUGAGUUUAGCUCUCUUAGGAAGUUGUAACCACACCAUAAUAUCAGUGGGUACCUUUUCUUGGUGGGGCGCGUGGUUGGCCGGGGGAGACGUGGUUUACUAUAAAGACUGGCCCAAACCUGGCACCCACUUGUGGUGGCGCACCAACCAUGAGGACUAUUUUCCCCCAAAAUGGAUUGGAAUGUCCGGAUAG